AUGGGGUCAAAAAUAGUUGAAAAGAAGCGCAAAUCGAGGGAUUCUGACUCAGAAUCCGACAACGAACUCGGAGAUGGCCUGUUCGACGGUGUCCUGUCGCAGUCCGAGGACGAGGAAGACUACAUCCCGUCAUCUGAAGUUGACGAAGACGAUGAUGACGACGCCGACGAGAGCGCCAGCGAGGACAGCGAUGACAGCAAUGACAGCGAAGAUGAUGAAGUAGAAGAGGAUGAUGAAGCUCUGUUGAGUGACGAGAUUCCUUCUGAGGGCGAGAGCGAAAAAGAUCAGGAUCUUGCAGAGAGCAAGGAAAGCAAACAGGAUCAGGACAAGGAGCCCUCUGAGCCAGAGAUCCUAGAGCCAUUCGUGGAUCCCCCAAGGAAAGAAGAUGAGGAGUUAGAAGACAGGAACUACAGGAUCGAAAAAGACGCCAAUGGAGGGAUUCGCUAUGUCUACGACGAGAUUGAUCCUGUCUACGACUCAGAUGACACCGAUUAUAACGUUCCGGUUAACACCAUUGGCAACAUUCCCUUGAGUUUCUAUGACAGUUACCCCCAUAUCGGCUACGACAUUAAUGGCAAGAAGAUUAUGCGUCCAGCUACAGGCGAUGCUCUGCAAAACUUGCUCGACAGUAUCGAGGUUCCUGAAGGCUGGACAGGGUUGACCGAUCCAAAUACUGGCAAGCCCCUAAACCUCAGUCGCGACGAGUUGGAGCUCAUUCGAAAGGUCCAGCAAGGCCUUAUCCCUGAUGAUGUCGAGGAUCCCUAUCCUGAUACGGUCGAGUGGUUCACAUCAGUUGAGGAGAAGAUGCCUCUGAGUGCUGCCCCUGAGCCAAAGCGUCGCUUCAUUCCUUCUAAGAACGAAGCUAAGCAGAUUAUGAAGUUGGUCCGCGCCAUUCGGGAAGGCCGUAUCUUGCCGUACAAGCCGCCCGAGGAGCGCGAGAGGGAGGAGUUAGAAAAGGAAGAGGAGUUCUAUGACCUGUGGCAGAAUGAGGAACCUCAACCGCCGAACCCUAUGCAUAUCCCUGCUCCUAAGCUUCCUCCUCCUGGUUACGACCUGAGCUACAAUCCUCCACCAGAAUACUUGCCGACAAAAGAGGAGAGGGAAGAAUGGGAGAAGAUGGAUCCUGAGGAUAGAGAGAAAGAUUAUCUCCCGACCAAGUAUGAUUCCCUCAGGAAAGUCCCCGCAUGGGGCAACUUCGUCAAGGAGAGGUUCGAGCGAUGCAUGGAUCUCUAUCUUGCGCCUCGUGUGCGGAAAAAUAGGCUCAACAUCGAUCCCAAUUCGCUGUUGCCGAAGCUCCCCUCACCCGAUGAGCUGAAGCCCUUCCCUACUGUGCAGCAGACCAUCUUCCGCGGUCACGAGGGCCGGGUUCGGAGUGUUGCCAUUGACCCCACUGGUGUCGCGCUGGCAACUGGCGGUGACGAUGGUACCGUCAGAGUGUGGGAACUGCUUACAGGUCGGCAGGUUUGGUCUGUCAAGCUCAACGGCGACGAAGCUGUCAAUACUGUUCGGUGGAGGCCUACAAAAGACACAUUCAUCCUGGCAGCUGCUGCGGGAGAGGACAUUUUCUUGAUGAUCCCAACACAUCCCAGCGUAACCCCAGCCCUGGAUCAGGCCAGCAGAGACAUCCUGAACGCAGGCUUUGGUCACGCCACAAACGGGAAGCAGCAGGCCAAUCUUCCUCCCGGCAAGGAGCCGCCUGGCAAGUGGGCCCGACCUGGCACCAGGCUAGAAGAUGAAGGCGUUCUGCUUCGUAUCACCGUGAGGUCCACCAUCAAGGCCAUCAGCUGGCACAGGAGAGGCGAUCACUUCGCAACCGUCUCGCCCUCCGGCCAACGCAGCUCGGUGGCAAUCCACACGCUCUCUAAACAUCUCACGCAGAUCCCCUUCCGCAAGCUCAACGGUUUGGCGCAGACGGCAUCCUUCCACCCGCUGCGGCCUCUCUUUUUCGUGGCCACUCAGCGCUCAAUUCGUUGCUAUGAUCUCCAGAAGCUGGAACUCGUCAAGAUCGUGCAACCGGGUGCUAAGUGGAUUUCGUCCUUCGACGUCCAUCCUGGAGGUGACAACCUCGUGGUGGGCAGCUACGAUAAGCGGCUGCUCUGGCACGACUUGGAUUUGUCCAAUCGGCCGUAUAAGACGAUGCGCUUCCACACAGAAGCCAUCCGGGCUGUGAGGUUUCACAAGGGCGGGCUCCCACUGUUUGCGGAUGCGUCGGACGACGGCUCAUUACAGAUUUUCCAUGGCAAGGUGCCUAAUGACCAGUUGGAGAACCCGACCAUCGUCCCUGUCAAGAUGCUCAAGGGUCAUAAGGUUGUGAACAAGCUUGGCGUGUUGGAUAUUGACUGGCACCCGCGCGAGCCGUGGUGUGUGAGUGCCGGCGCUGAUGGGACGGCGAGGUUAUGGAUGUAA